CAAACACCACCCAUCAUCUUUGAAAAUUUGUCAAGCUUGAACCCUAAUAAGGAGAACCCUAAGCCCCGGAAAUUGUGUGCACUCAGUUCAGUUCCCAUGGGUUCCAAAAGUGCAGAUCAUAUCAGGAAGAAGAAGAAAAACAAACCAAAGAAAGAUUCAGAUGCUAAAAACAGCGACAAAAUCCACCAUGGAGGGGGCGGCGGAAGGAAGAUCAUUGCAGACCCUCGGUUUGCAUCGGUACACUCAGACCCUCGGUUUCAGAAAGUUCCAACGCAAAAGUCCAAGGUCGCAAUCGACUCUCGCUUCAACCGCAUCUUCACCGACAAAAAUUUUGCCUCGUCUUCUGCACUUUUGGACAAGCGGGGUAAGCCUAAGAAGCACAAGUCGGAAAGUUCUCUGCGCCAUUACUAUCGAAUCCAAGAAGAAGAAGAAAAAGAUAACGAUGAUGAAAGGGAAGAGACGGAGAAGGAAACGAAGAUAGUGAGUGAUGAAGAUGACGGUGGAGAGGAAGUUGGAGAAGAAAGUGAGAAAGAGGAAUUAGAGAAAUUGGAUCUCGUGGCAGAAGAAAGCGAUUCGAUUAGUCAAACGGAGGGGUCGGAGUCGGAGGGUGAGGCUGAGUCGACUACUGACGAGGAGGAUGAGGAGAUGUUGUAUGAGGAUGAUUUGCCUGAAGUGGAGGUGGAAAAUAUACCAUCAAUUGAAGAUGGAACCCGCAGACUUGCCGUUGUUAACAUGGACUGGAGACAUGUUAGGGCUGUUGACUUGUACGUAAUACUAUGCUCAUUUCUUCCAAAAGGAGGAGAAAUUUUGUCUGUGUCUGUCUAUCCAUCUGAAUUUGGUCUACAGCGUAUGAAAGAGGAAGAACUUCAUGGCCCUGUUGGCUUAUUUGAUGAUGAGAACAAGGAUGGUGAUGAUGGUGAUGAUGAUGAUGAGAUUGACGAAGAGAAGUUGCGUGCUUAUGAGAGAAGUAGGCUGAGGUACUACUAUGGUGUAGUGGAAUGUGAUUCUGUAUCAACAGCGGAACAACUAUACAAAGCUUGUGAUGGACUUGAGUUUGAACGAUCUUCUAAUGUUCUUGAUCUUAGAUUUGUUCCUGACUCUAUGGAAUUUAAAAAUCCACCUCGUGAUGUUGCAACAGAGGCACCAGCUAGCUAUGAGGGAUUGGAUUUCCAUACCAAAGCACUGCAGCACAGUAGUGUUCCUAUUUCUUGGGAUGAAGAUGAACCACAGCGCGUUAAGACCUUGAAACGAAAAUUUAAUGCUGAUCAGCUGGCUGAAUUGGAGUUGAAGGAGUUUUUAGCUUCUGAUGAGAGUGAAAGCGAUGAGGAUGAAAAUGAUGCUGCCAUUGCAGAGGGUGAAUCAGAUAAAAAGCAUAAAAAACUGGAUAAGUAUCGUGCUUUAAUCCAGUCUGGUGAUGGUUCAGAUGUAGAGAAUGAGGAUGAAGGCCAAGAUAUGGAGAUUACUUUUAACACUGGCUUGGAGGAUAUCAGUAAGCACAUUCUGAAAAAAAGGGAUAAGAAAUCAGAAAGUGUUUGGGAAGCACAUCUCAGGGAAAAACGUGAGAAGAAGAAGGCCCGAAAGAAGAGAUCUAAGUAUUCAUCAGAGGACGAGAGUAGUGAUGCUGAUGAAGAAAUAGAAGAACCUGAUGAUUUCUUUGUUGAAGAACCAGCUGUUAAAAAAGGAAAGAAGGAUGCUCGAGCUAAGAGUGACAAAGAAGGAAAGCAACUCCAGUAUACAGAUAAGGAAGCAGAAGCGAGCAGAGCAGAGCUUGAGUUGUUACUUGCUGAUGAUAGUGGGGCUAAUAAUGGUGUAAAGGGAUAUAAUUUGAAACAUAAAACAGCAAAGGGUAAAAGAGAAAAAGAAGUUCCAGAUGAGAACAAACUACCAAAUGUUGACUAUGAUGAUCCACGGUUUUCAGCUCUCUUUAAUUCACAUCUAUUCUCAUUGGAUCCUACAGAUCCACAGUUCAAAAGGAGUGCAGCUUACGCUAGGCAGAUGGCACGGAGGCAGCAAAAGGGUGAUCAGCUAGAAUUGGGAGAAGGAGAGCAUAAGAAACAGCCAACAAAAUCUCAGUUGCUAUCUGAUGAGCCAGUUGCAAACAAAAAUGAGCAGAGAAGUGCUGAUGUUUUACCAUCAAAGAAAGAGAAGCACGAGAUAUCAUCAUUGGUAAAAUCCCUUAAGAUGAAGUCCAAGCAACUUCAGUUGCCCUCUAAUGGCAACACAAGGAAGGAUGAAAAAUUACAACCUAGAGGUGCAAAAGAAAUGGAGAAGCCUGAGCUUGCAACCUUGGUUCAGUCGGUAAAGAAGAAGGCCAAAGCUGUGCAAAAAUGAAAAAUCCAUCUGUUUCCUCUCAUCUAAUUUUGCAUUAGGGAGCUGUGGAGGCAGAGGCUUUGGUAAAACAAUCCAGCUCCAUUCGGGGAUUUUACUGUAACAAAUUGAGUUGGUAAGGCUGUUAGUUUUCAGUGGGGGUUUGAGUUGAUAUUUGGUUGGUAGAGUUUAAUGGUUGGAGUUUUCUGACUUAGCAUUUUAGUUAGAAUUCGACUCAUUAAAAUCUUCUUUGUCGUGUAUUUGGAAUGAAAAAGCCAUUGACAUACACAAUGUCCAAACAGAAUUAUGGGAAGAAAUUUACAGAAAACUCGCCACAUUUCUAA